AUGGCGGCCCAGCCAAUUUUGGCGGGACAUCUCCGCCAAAUCGAAACACCUCCAUACGGUUACCAAGGUUUUUCCGGAGAAACAAAGAAUACCUGGCACAGACCUGACCCGUCCUUCACGUAUCUUCUCUCCUUCUUUCUCCUUCUUACCGCUCUCGCCUGGGGCCUCGCAUACCGACCGAGCUUUAGUUCCAUUAUUCGGCUCGCUGCUUCUUUCAUAUUUAUCCACUUUAUCGGCUCCUCCCUUCUUAUUUCCGCGUUGGCGUACUUUUCUAUGGGAAGAAUAUUUGGACCCAGUGGUCCAGCAUCCUCCCUCAUCGAAUGGCGGGGAAUGAGGUCUGGUCUAGGCCGAGUACGGCGUCGGGGAGCUGCUCAGGGGCUGUUUGCACAGCCCGGGGAAAAAGAGCAGGUCGAGUUUGGAUAUUGUUUUGAUGUCUCCAAUCGCGCAUUUUUCCCUCUAUAUCUUCACUUAUACGUGAUCCAAUUCCUGCUUCUCCCACUAUUGACUCGGAAAUCCGAUUCCUCUCCAAGUUUCCUUGCUACACUCCUUGGAAACACCCUCUACCUCUCUGCGUUUACGUAUUACAUUUAUAUAACAUUUCUUGGCUAUAACGCUUUACCGUUCCUCCACCACACAGAGCUUCUACUACUGCCAAUCCUCAUUCUUGCUAUACUCUGGUUUGUCAGUUUGAUCCUGGGUUGGGGAAUCGUGGGCCAAGGGGGUGCAGUAGCGGGAUUGUUUUGGGGUAUUUAG